AUGGCAGAGGGUAGCGAGCUAAUGAACAGGCUUAUGAGUGAGAACGCAGAUCUGAAGAAGCAGGUGCGCCUCCUUAAGGAGAACCAGAUGCUGAAGCGGCUGCUCAGUGAGAGUUGCCAGGAGAGCUGUGGCCGAGGGGGCCGGGACCUGCUCUUUCCCAAGGCCGCUACCUACCCUGAGGCCUGCUCCCCGGGGAACGGAGGUCCAGAUUUUGGAAGGUUUGCCACAGUCCCUGACACACCCUCCCAGCUACAGACCUCUUCCCUGGAAGACCUGCUAUGCUCACGCCCGCUCUCCAGUGAGGAUGAUGCCUCCCCAGGCUGUGCAACCGCCUCCCAGGUGCCUUUCAAGGCCUUCCUCAGUCCUCCAGACCUACACACACGAAUUACUGACAGGAAGCUGUCCCCACUCCUGAGUCCCUUGCAGGACACCCUGGCUGACUACAGACCCUGCUUGAGUCCGGAAAUCGUGCGGCCUAAGAAGGUGUGCUUCUCGGAGAGUAACCUGCCCACUGGGGAUAGGAGCAGGAGGACCUAUUACCUCAAUGAGAUCCAGAGUUUUGCGGGCCCUGAGAAGGAUGGCCGAAUCGUCGGGGAGAUCGCGUUCCAGCUUGACCGGCGUAUCCUGGCCUAUGUGUUCCCGGGGGUGACACGCCUCUAUGGUUUCACAGUGUCCAACAUCCCUGAGAAGAUCAAGCAGACGUCUAUCAAGUCCCUAGAUGGCUCCGUGGAUGAGAAGAAGCUCCGUGAGCUGACACAUCGCUAUCUGACUCUGACAGCACGGCUGGAGAAGCUAGGCUACAGCCGCGAAGUGCACCCGGUGUUCAGUGAGUUCCUCAUCAAUACCUACGGCAUCCUGAAGCAGCGGCCAGAUUUGCGGGCCAACCCACUGCACAGCAGCCCAGCUGCGCUGCGCAAGCUGGUUAUUGAUAUCGUGCCCCCCAAGUUUCUGGGGGACUCCUUGCUACUGCUGAACUGCCUGUGUGAGCUCUCCAAGGAGGACAGCAAACCGCUCUUCGCCUGGUGA